CCAGCAGGGCUCUUCAAACGUGUCCCCACAGGAGGGGUGGCCUUGGCAGGACACCGCAGGCCAGGGAGUGCCUGGGAAAAUGCCCUGGGGCGUGCCGGAGCGAUGCCGGGAAAGCCUGAAGGCAGCCAAGAGGUCAGGAACGGUUGCUGGCUGACCCGUGCCUGGGACAGGGUGUGAGCCCAGUGCCAGCCCCUCGUUGCCCUGGUCUCGCUGCUGGGUUUGCAGUGCCCGAAGCCACCCGUGCAGGGGACAAAGCAUCACCUGGCAUUGCUCGCAGAGGGAUCCGUUGAUGUCGGUGCAGGAUUUGACCCACCUUUAUUGUUCAAGCCGAGCGUGUGUGUGCCUGUUCGCAGACAAGAGCCUCUACGGGACGUGUUUGCCAGACUCGCCCAGUCACUGAGCACUGAACAAACUACCCUUCCCCUCCCCAAACACACUCGGCACUGCGGACAAAACCUGGCCAGGCAGGAGGGCUGCGACGACACAGCUGGGGAAGAGCUGCCCUGCACCCAAAGCUGCCCGGAUCCAGCAGCUUCCCACCGGGCAGCCCCAGGACACCUCACCUUGCCACACAGCCUUCCCGGAUGAGCAGACCCUGAAUGCCCAUGUGCCGUCUCCUCUGCAGCCGUGCCCUGCGCUUGGCAUUUCCCACCCUGCCGGUGAGCAGGGAAGGAACCUGAGCCGCCUCCAGGUUGAGUGAUUUUGGCCUCCGACAGGUGCCAUGGAUUGGAAAACAUUGCAGGCGCUGCUCAGUGGGGUCAACAAGUAUUCCACAGCCUUCGGACGAAUCUGGCUCUCCGUGGUCUUCGUCUUCCGUGUGCUCGUUUACGUGGUGGCAGCCGAGCGCGUGUGGGGAGAUGAGCAGAAGGACUUUGACUGCAACACGCGGCAGCCGGGCUGCACCAAUGUUUGCUACGACCACUUCUUCCCCAUCUCUCACAUCCGCCUGUGGGCUCUGCAGCUCAUCUUUGUCACUUGCCCUUCCCUCCUGGUCAUCAUGCACGUGGCCUACCGGGAGGACCGUGAGAAGAAGAAUCGGGAGAAGAAUGGGGAGGAUUGCCCCAAGCUCUAUAGCAACACGGGCAAGAAGCAUGGUGGGCUCUGGUGGACCUACUUGCUCAGCCUCUUCUUCAAGCUUAUCAUAGAGAUCCUGUUCCUCUACCUCCUCCACAAGAUGUGGGACAGCUUCGACUUGCCACGGCUUGUCAAGUGCUCCAAUGUGGAGCCCUGCCCCAACACGGUGGACUGCUACAUCGCUCGGCCAACCGAGAAAAGAGUCUUCACCUAUUUCAUGGUCGGAGCCUCCUCCAUCUGCAUCGUCCUCACAGUCUGUGAGAUUUUUUACCUUAUCUUCAAGAGGGUUGUGCGGACUGCACGGAAGUGGAGGAAGUCCACCAAGCGCUCUGUCAGCUACAACAAGGCUUCCACCUGCCGGUGCCACCUCAAGACGGAGGAGAAGGACAACAAGUCCCAGACUAGAGGAGAGGAGCUGUGAGCUUGCCUGCCCCGGCUGGCUCACCCUCCCCUUGGCCCAGCAGCCCAGCCAAGAGUCAGACCCAUCUGAAAAAGGCACUGGGGCUGGCAGGAGGGAGCCUGGGGGCUCCUGUGUCCCAACAGCUUCUCUUGGAUCCUCCUUUGCUCACACAAGCGCCGUGCCCACAUCCUGCCCAAAUGGCUCUGCUUCCCUCGGUACCCUUUGUGUCCUCCCCCACCUCAGAUGGAGGCGUCACCUAUGGAUCCAGAGGACACAGUGUGGUUUGGAGACACUGGGAUCUGCUCUUCGCAUUCAAUCAAAGGGAUUGCUGAGGGCAGAAGAAAUGGAUCCACAGAAGUUCCCCAGGUGCUCCUCAACCCCACUGGAGCCGCAGCCUCAGACCGGUGUGCCCAGCAUCUGCCCACUCCACCGCCUCCCGGCUUGUCACGCGUCGUUAGACUUUAAUUCACCGGAACCGCAUGCUGGCCCCCAAGGAAAUCAAGGAGGGAUCAGCAUCAAUUAUUUACUAAACCUUGAUAAAUAUUACAGUAAAUAGAAAUUAUUUCCAUUUAAUCUCCCCUUAAGCAGCGCUCUGCGGAGGGGCUGCUGCUCCCUCCAGCCACGUUCCCGCUCUGCUUGGCCCACCCAGGCUCUCCCAAACCCGUGAGCGUGUCAGGGUGUGCACUGACACCACCAGGGCUUGUGCUGCUGUGAGAGACCACGACGGCUAUGCCCACGCUGCCAGGAUGGUGCUGCAUCUCUGCGCCAGGACGUAGAAGAAGGGCUUCCACCAUGGGCUGCUCCAUAGCUACCCCAGUACCGUGUCAGCUGGAGUGCCAGCGCUGGGCACAGGGCAGCCUGCUCCAGGAAAAGAUGCUCCAGGAGGCUGAAGACCACAAGGUGUCCAACUGGGAAGUGGCUCUGGCACCAGCAUGGAGCUGGUUUGGGACACUGGAGACCUGGGGUUGGUGUGGGUGAAGCCUGGUGGGGGUAAAGCGAUCCACAUAUGCACAGGUGAGGGCGGCUCCAGCUCCUUUCUGGCUUUGGAGCAGCUCCCUCGAGGUGAUCGUUUCCACCCGUGGGGAGCUGGUGGGGUGCAGAGCAUCCCUGCGGGGGCUGUGGCGCAGCCACGAUGCAGGGGCAGGGGGAAGCAUCAUUCCCAGUGGGCCAACUGGGAGACAGGCACUGGGCUCGGCAGCACCCUGGUGCCGCGGUGCUGGGCAGCGAGUGCGUGUUAACUGAAGCACAGCAGUUAUUUGAUAUUAAAUAUAACGAUGCUUUUCCGGCUCUGCCCUCCGCUCGGCCCUGGCACUGUCUGUGAGGAGGAAAUGCCAAGUCUUGGUGUGGGAAAGGCAGCAGCUCCCAGUUGUGUGUGCGAACUGGCCCAGUUUCUGGUUUCCGUAGCCCGAGUCCAUCUCCCCA